AUGCGAAUCCGACUCGGUCGCGUAAACAUGCUCACCUAUGUCGCCUAUGCUCAUCCGGCGAGUCGCGUAACCAUAUUCCCCUGCGUCGCCCUCGCUCAUCCCGCAAGUCGCGAGAAACAUAUUCCCCUCCAAGGCCCACGCUUACUCCCCGCCCGUCGCCUUCGCUCCGUCCCCUCCAUCGCCCACGCUCACUCCCUCGCGUCGUCUUCGCUCAUUCCCCUCCGUCGCCCAUGCUCACUCCCUCCCGUCGCGUUCGCUCACUCCCCUUCCGCCACCAACGCGCAAUCCAUCCCGCCGCGUUCACUCAAUCCCCUCCCGUCGCGGUGGUCCCCUCCAUCGCCCACGCUCACUUCCCUCCGUCGCCCACGCUCACUCCCCUUCCGUCGCCCACGCUCAAUCCCUCCCGUCGCCCACGCUCACUCCCUUCCCAUCGCCCACGCUCACUCCCUUCCCAUCGCCCACGCUCACUCCCUUCCCAUCGCCCACGCUCACUCCCUUACCGUCGCCCAUGCUCACUCCCUUACCGUCGCCCACACUCACGCCCUUACCGUCGCCCACACUCACGCCCUUACCGUCGCCCACACUCACUCCCUUCCCAUCGUCUUCGCGCAAUCCUUCCGUCACCCACGCUCACAUUCUCCCGCCGCGUUCGCUCACUCCCCUCCCUCAUCCCUCAUCUCCCCAUCCCUCAUCUUCCCAUCCCUCAUCUCCCCAUCCCUCAUCUCCCCAUCCCUCAUCUCCCCAUCCCUCAUCUCCCCAUCCCUCAUCUCCCCAUCCCUCAUCUCCCCAUCCCUCAUCUCCCCAUCCCUCAUCUCCCCAUCCCUCACCUCCCCAUCUCUCCUCUCCCCAUCCCUCCUCUUACCAUCCCUCUUCUCCCAUCUCUCCACUCCCCAUCCCUCCUCUCCACAUCCCUCCUCUCCCCAUCCCUCCUCUUACCAUCCCUCCUUUUCCCAUCCGAGUCUCUCCCCAUCUGUCCUUUCCCCCAUCCCUCCUCUUACCAUUUCUCCUCUCCCCAUCCCUCCACUUACCAUCCCACCUCUCCCCAUCCCUCCUCUCCCCAUCCCUAUUCUCCCCAUCCGUCCUUUCCCCAUCCCUCCUCUUACCAUCCCUCCUUUCCCCAUCCCUCACCUCCCCAUCCCUCACCCCAUCCCCUCCUCUCCCCGCCCCCUCCUCACCCCAUCUCCUCCUCUUCCCGUCUCCUCCUCACCCCAUCCCCUCCUCUCCCCGUCUCCUCCUCACCCCAUCCCCUCCUCUCCCCGUCUCCUCCUCACCCCAUCUCCUCCGCCUCACCCCAUCUCCUCCGCCUCACCCCAUCUCCUCCGCCUCACCCCAUCUCCUCCGCCCUCCCAUCCUCACCCCGUCCUCCUUCCUCAUUUCCUGCUUCCUCCCUGUCUCCUAGCCACUUUCUGCCCCCUUCCUCCCUUCAUCACGUCCUCCAUUCCUCCAUUUUAUCCCUUCAUCAACUCCCCCCUGCUGCCCUGCCUCACAUCCUUCAUUUCCUGA